CGAACAGCCAGGAUUAGGGCCAUGGGUUGGAGGAACUUGGAGCUGCGCCCGGGUCACUGGCCUUUCUGGGCAAGGCUAAACCCCCACGGACAACUGUCAUUCGUCCACCAAUCCGUAACUCGUUUUUUCUCUCGCUUUCAACCUGCGCCAGCGAAAUCCCAUCUGCACCUCUUACGUUGCAUCAUCUUUUCAGCCCAUUCACACAACGUCCGUCAUCCCUAGACAUCCGCGAAACCGCCGCCGGUCAACAAUUCGACACCGGUGUGGUUCCCUGCCUGUGCAGUAGUUGCAACUUGCCGCUCCAGCUUCUUGGGGUUCCCACCGAUCUGAUUCCACUCUAAACCCGCUAGUGUUCCUUUCUUGGCCACCAAGCGGCUUUCCCCCGUCUACCGACCGAGACAAGCGGCCCAAUACUGCCAAACAAACGCGGUGCCACGCCUCAGCUCACGAAAGGGAAAGAGAGCAGCAUCAAGGCAAGGCAGGGUAGGCCAGUUCACAGGAAUAGGAUCUCUCAUUGCUGUCAACGUCUAGGCUUCCAUUCAACCGUCCGAGUUGUGUCAACUUUGGCCAGUCAAGGUUCCGUGCCGUUCCGUUAACGCAGCUGGGCCACAUCACACAUUGAAUCAGCACACAAACAGACUAUCCGUACACUUCUCAGUCUCUCUGUUUCUCAGUCUCUCUCUCUCUAUCGUCCACACCCCCGACGAUAGCCACCCCCACCAAGCUACCAUUCCCACGCCCACGCCCACUCCCUCCAGACCAGUCCGCCGUGGUGCCCCCCUCCAUCCCUCCAUCCAGAGCCCACGGUCAAGGUCCAUGGUCCACAGUCCACUCACACUACUCGCGCUUCCCUGUCGUCUCUGUUUCUGACCCGUCACUCGUUGCUUCUUCUUGCCUGUCCGGGCUACUGCCACUGGCACUCGACUGGUGAGGAGCCAUGAGCCAAAGAAGGGCAUCCGGCCACAAAAGCAAGCCAAAGGCACCCUUUCCUCCCGACCCCGACGCCGAUACGGUUGCUUUGGCUCUAGAACCUCUGCCUCUUCUUGCACCUGCAGACGGUCCCACGAACGACAGCACUGCCGCUGCUGAAGCUGAUGUUGCGAAUCCUUCGACUACCUCGUCAUCCGUACAAACCGCCUCUGACCCAUAUAACACGGCACGCCACCAUCGAUCUCGCCCUUCCACUCUGCGAAGCCGACCCUCUACCGUUUCCCACGUUUCCAGCGCCGGCGAAUAUGGUGACGAUACGAUCGAACCGAACCCUCAGUCUCCCGUCCCGCAUCUAGACGACGGCACAAUGCCUUCGAAACCUUCUCUCUUGCGCUCUUCGCGCGACGACGCCCCUUCAUACGGCGCCGUAUCCCAAGAUCCCAGCCGCAAUGUAUCACCUACCGGGAGUGAUUCAAGGACGGGGAACGCACAUCCAAUGCGAUAUGUAUCCGACACCACAAGGUCAGCUUCUUCGAGGUUCUCCACUGCCUCAAGAAGGGAGAGCUCUCGUCUGUCCGAGGAGUUGGAUGCUGCCGCCCUUACAACCGGGCUGGAGGGGCGCUUUGGUGUGACCCAAGCUCCAGUGACGACAAACAUGCUCGAGGAUGCGAAAUCAGACGCGGCCGAGGACGAAGUGGACUACGAUGACUACACAGGCAGCGAACCCGACGAGGAUCCGGCUGAUAAUUCGCCUCAUGAAGUCGUCCGCGCCUCGGUGCCACCAACGGACAAUAUCACCCUGUCCAUCAACACUCCGAGGAUGUGGACGCUAUCGUUUUUGUUUUCAGUUCUCGGUUCAUCUACCAACUUGUUCUUCUCGCUACGAUACCCCAGUGUUGCUAUUACGCCCGUCAUUGCCUUGUUGCUCGUCCACCCACUUGGUCUCAUGUGGGACUACCUUCUCAAAUAUCACAGCGACCCUGCGGAGGAAUUUCUGGAUGGUGUUCUCCAGACUGAUGCCGUGAACCGGCCGCCGGCGAAACGAUCCGUGACCCGAUUCCGCAGAUGGCUUGCGCAAGGGCGGUGGAACGAAAAGGAGCAUACUUGCGUAUACGUGAGCAGCAACGUCUCGUUCGGCUUCGCUUUCGCUACCGACGUUAUUGUCGAGCAAUCCAGGUUUUACCACCAGGAAGCUACAAUAACCUACCAAAUCCUUCUGAUUCUGUCGACUCAAAUCCUCGGCUACGCCUUUGCCGGCCUUACGCGUCGAUUCCUGGUUCGACCCAGCGGUAUGAUUUGGCCCGGAACUUUGAUGUCUGCGGCCAUGUUUGGGACGCUCCACAAGGAGGAGAAUAGGAUUGCGGACGGCUGGAGGAUAUCGAGGUGGAAGUUUUUCUACCUCGUUUGGUUCGGAGGGUUCGUUUUUUACUUCCUUCCCGGCCUCCUGAUGCCAUGUCUCAGCUACUUCAACGUCAUUACGUGGUUUGCGCCGAAAAAUGUGGUGGUUGCCAACCUAUUUGGCACUGUUUCUGGUCUGGGACUGUUCCCCCUGACCUUCGACUGGGCUCAGGUCACGUACAUCGGAUCUCCCCUUUUGGUCCCAUUCUGGGCUGCGAUGAACGUCAUUGGCGGUCUCGUCAUCGUCAUGUGGCUCAUUGCGCCCAUCGCCUACUAUGCCAAUGUGUUCUAUUCAUCGUAUAUGCCAAUCUUGUCUUCUGCAGUAUUCGACAACAAGGGCAAGGUCUACGAUGUGAGCAAGAUCCUGACAUCUGAGUUCCUUUUCGACAGAGACGCAUACAGCAAGUACAGCCGAGUAUUCCUGCCCAUCACCUAUGUGCUUAGCUACGGCGUUCAGUUCGCUGCCCUGGCGGCGCUGUUGACGCACACGGUUUGUUGGCAUGGCAAGGAUAUGUGGAAUACGUGGAAAACGGCCAUGGCGGAAGCUCGCAAUGAAGGCCAGGCGGUUUACCAGCCUGUCUCGGGCAGCUCUGAGCACAUCAGACCCCAGCGAUCAUUCAGCAGUCACGGAGGCCUCUCAAGAUCUUCAUCCAACCUCGAGGGCAUGAUGUUCCGAGAAGAUGUUCACUGCCGGCUGAUGAAGCGGUACAAGGAUGCUCCCCUUUCCUGGUAUCUAGCAACGUUUGUCUCGAUGCUGGCAGUGGGCAUUUUUGUCGUUGAAUAUUACCCCAUCCACCUCCCGUGGUACGGCUUGCUCAUGUCACUGGGGAUCUGCGCCAUAUUCUUCAUCCCCAAUGGCAUCAUCAUGGCAGUGACCAAUCAGCACAGCAGCAUCUACCUGAUCUGCCAGCUCAUCUGCGGCGCCGUGUUCCCUGGUCGCCCAAUUGCAAACAUGGUGUUUGUCACCUAUGGCUACAUCUCGUCAGCUCAAGGCAUCAAGUUUGCCUCUGAUCUCAAGCUCGGCCACUACAUGAAGAUUCCGCCCCGCAUCAUGUUUUCGGUGCAAAUGGUGGCCACGAUCGUGUCGUCCCUGACCCAGAUUGGGGUUCUCAAUUGGAUGUUUGCCAACGUCAAGGGUAUUUGUACGCCAGAGGCUGUCAAUGGCUUCACAUGCCCGAUCGCGCGUGUGCACUUCAACGGCUCCAUUCUCUGGGGUGUGGUUGGACCGGGCGAGUUCUUCGGACCGAACGCAACGUACCGCGGACUCGUGUGGUGCUUCCUGAUUGGCGCCAUCGCGCCGAUUCCCCUGUGGCUCUACGCGCGCAAGAACAGGCACAGCAUUCUCCGAAAGAUCAACCUACCGGUCGUCUUCGGGUCCAUGGCGUGGAUCCCACCAGCGACGGGGCUCAACUUCUCGGUAUGGGCGGUGGUAUGCUAUGUUUUCAACUACCUGGUCAAGAGGAGAAAGAGCGCGUGGUGGGCAAAGUACACCAUGACCAUGAGCGCGGCGUUGGACUCGAGUCUGGCGUUCGGCAUUGUCGUGGUGUUCUUUGGCUUCGUCUACCCUGGGCACAUGAAGGGCUUUAAAUGGUGGGGCACAGAAGUGUACAAGCAAGGCUGCGACUGGCAAGCGUGCUCGUAUAAUACGGUGCCUGAGGGAGGGCAUUUCGGCCCCGAUAAGUGGUGAUCCAUUCUGACGACACGAAACGAAACGACUUUAUGGAAAUUCUUUGAUACAGUUUUCGGCAUGGCAAGCAGGCAUAGGAAUGGUAUAGUUUUUGGAUUAAAAUGCAAGAGAUGGAGUUUUGCCAUUGGCCGGGGUUGAUUCAAGCCCUUGGGGUAAUUAUUCACGCAUUUAGAAGCACAUCAUAGAGAGAUGCUGCAUUGCGAAAUUUGAUGCAAAGACCACUUUGGGUCUCGGUUCACG